AUAUAAGACCUGGACUUUUUCUUGCGUAUAUCCUUGAUCUGGUCUCUAAGAACGAUGUUGUGAUAUUGAGGACUCUCGUUGCGAUCUACAGAAGUCCAAGACAUUGAGUAUUUGCCGAACGUUUUCCAGUAUUUUCUAGCAGCACAGUUCCAACGAAAAACUUUUACGUCGUACAGUUUCACUGGUUUCACUUCCGGAUUCAAUUUUUGCCCCCAGAAAAAGAUGUUUUCUGACAGCAAGCUUUGAUUUCUGGUGAAUACAACAUCGGAAAACUUUACUGGGCAAACUAGCCACCAUGUCAGGAACUCCGUCCCCCAAAGGCUCCCUCGCCACGUCCCAGCGGUCGGCAGGAAGCGGUCAGUCAUCCUCGUCGGACUUCGAGAUCCUGUCCCGACCCCCCUCCUACCAGAACGGCACCGAGACCCCCCACGGAGGAGAGGUGGGGGUCCCCUCGGAGUUCUCACUGAAUGCUGCAGAGAUGCAGUCUUACAUGACGGAGCUGCUGAAGGAUAACAACAGUCUCAGAGACACAAUCAGACAGAACAAUGAGGACAUGAGGCAGAAGAUUAAGGACCUGGAGGUGUGGAAGGACAGACAGAAGCAGAACCAGACGCUGAUCGUCGGGAAGUUCACGGAGGCCAGGGAGAAGGUCAUGACCUUGAGGAAGGAGAACUCCAGACUGAAGGACGAGGUGGCGAAACUACAGAAGACUGGAGAUGGGGAGGUCACACAGGGACAGGGAGAAGCCGGCCUGUCAGAAGUAGUUUCCAAGUUGAAAGAAGAGAAGACCCAGCUGGAGACAGACAAGGAGAAGCUGACCAGGACGAUACAGAUGCUGACUGGGGAGAUCGGGAAACUGCAGUUCAAACUGGAGGAGAAGCAAACAGACAAGGAGGUGAAGGUUCAGAGUCCACCGUCCCAGGGGUCAGACCCGAGUGCAGCAGUUACAUCAUCUGAACAGGACAACCAGUCGAGACUUGAGGCUGAAGUUGCUCAGCUGAAGUCUGAGAUGAAGAAUCUGAAGCAGGCGAACGAGAGACUCCAGCUGGAGAAGGCAGACCUGGUGGCCAUGAACAAUGAGAUGCAGGCCAGCCUGGAGCUGUACAAGGCUGGUACGCCCCCCUCCCCCCAAACGACCCCCACAGGUUCCUUUGUGAAGGUCGAGGCAGAGGUGAAACAGCCGCCACAGAUGCAGGCAGGAGCAGAGGCAGCAGAAGGUACUUUCAUAUUAGAUGACCGCACAGUGAGUAUUGAGGAGAGACUGUCAGUCCAUCCAGAGGAACAGAGAGUGAGAUACGAGGACACCAUUGCUCAGUUCACAGCAGUCGCACGGCAGAUCUCAGAGGCAGAGCAUCACAAGAAGAAGACAGAAACAACCGUUCACGACCUGCUUAUCCAACUACAGGAGGAGAGAACGCGCGGGCUGGACAUUGCAGGACAGCUGGAGACAGCCAGGAAGGACAGGGAGGAGCUGGAGGUCAAGGUGCACGACCUUGGGGAACAGCUGAGACAGCACAGCGCUGACAAGGACAGCACGGUUGAGCAGAUGAAACAGCAGCACCAGAGUGAGGUGGAUAACCUGAUGCAGCAGCUGGACAGCAUGAAGGUGGCGCUGGAGGCGGCGCGCACACCUGGUCAGCAGGUGCAGGUGGGGGAGGACAUCCAGGUGCUGAAGUCGCAGGUGCUGUCUCUGGUGGCCGAGCUGAGGGAGACGGAGCGCAAACUGCACGCAGCGACACAGCACGUGGGCAGCUACAAGGACAGGUCGUUGACCCUUGAGCAGAAGCUGACGAUGCUGCAGGAUGAGAUGGAUGACCAGCGUCGCCGUGACGAUGCUUUGAUUGACGGGCUGAGGAUGGAGCUGGGGAACAUGGAGGGUGCACUCAACAUGGAGCGGCAGGCAGCACACAUGGACAAGCGCACGAUGGCAGAGCUGAGGAAUCGGUACGAGAUCCUGUUCCAGGAUUAUGACGAACUUCUGAAGAUCAACACAGAACUGCAGGCCAAGACUACACAGCUGCAGACAGCCCCACCUGGCCAGGUGCGUGAGAUGAGAGAACAGGUGGAUAACCUGACGGCACAGGUGAUAUCAGCUGAAGACGCGCUCCGAGACCGGGAGGAGAAACUCAAACGUCUGACGCAGGAGAUCGGCCAGAUGCGGAAGGACAUGGAGGAGGUGCCAGUACUCAAGGCACAGGCUGAUGUAUUCAGGCAAGAUUUUGAAGCUGAGAGAGAGGCGAGACAGAAGGCUCACGGGGACAUGCAGACCCUGGAGCAGCAGAACCAGGAACUGCAGCUGGAGAAUCAACAGCUCAGGGACGAAAUGGAAGUUUACACCAGGAAUGCCCUAGGUGAGAUGCAGCGUCGCCAUGUGGGAGCCCCGCCCAGUCCCCCCGGCAACGCGAUGCCACGCCCUAACAACCCACCCCCCAUGGAGUACGCCGGGAACUAUGGGUACCCGCGGGGCUACCCGUACCCCGGGCCGCACGAGGACUUCUACUACGACGCUCAGGUGGGGAACAACGACCCCCUUCAGCCAGUCAACAUGGCACAGCCCAGGGUGCAGAACCUGCAAGUACAUGCUCCACAGGUUGUCCAGAGACCAGCCUCCCCAGACACAGAAGAGAAAAGCUGUCCCAAGUGUAACAACGUGUUCCCAGACCUGGACACACUACAGAUACAUGUCAUGGAGUGUCUGGAUAACUGAGG